AUGAGUGAUGCUCUUACACUGACUAAGUUUGGUGAAGCUCAGGCAGUACUGAGUGUGUCUCCACAGAGCUGGCUGACUGAAGGAGACUCAGUGACUCUAAGCUGUGAGGUUAGACACUCCUCUACAGGCUGGAGGUUCAGCUGGUACAGAGAUGGUCAGGAGCUCGUCUCAGACAGCAGAAGAGAAGCUGGAGGCUCCUACACUCUCAGUCCUGCUGCUCUAGAUCACACAGGAGUUUAUGAGUGCAGAGCAACCAGAGGAGAACCAACCUUUCACACACAGACCAGCAACCCACAGCCACUAUGGAUAACUGCUUCAUCUCCUCCAGUCUCUCUGAUGGUUGGUCCCAGCAGAACUCAACACUUUACUGAAGCCUCUCUGUCUCUGAGCUGUGAGGGACAGAGUGACUCUACUGGAUGGAGAGUGAGACGAUACACACACAGUGAGAAGGUUUCAGAUUGUACAUCAGUCUGGGGAUCAGGUACAGGAUCUACAUGCAGCAUCAGCUCUCUCUCCACAUCUCACACUGGAGUGUACUGGUGUCAGUCUGAAUCUGGAGGGAGGAGUUAUCCUGUCAACAUCACAGCACACAAGGGUGAUGUAAUCCUGGACAGUCCUGUUCAUCCUGUCUCUGAGGGAGCUCCUCUGACUCUCCGCUGUUUAUAUCGCCUCCCAAAGCCCUCAAACCUCUCGGCUGAUUUUUAUAAAGAUGGAUCAUUCCUCCAGACCCAGCCUGCAGGAGAGAUGAUCAUCCCUGCUGCUUCAAAGAUACAUGAAGGUUUCUACCACUGUAAACACCCAGAGAAAGGAGAGUCACCCACGAGCUGGAUCUCAGUCAGAGAAGCUCCAUUCUCAGCUCUCUCUCUGCUCAGUUGUCUGUUGGCAGCGUCUCCAUAUCUGCUAGCGUCCAUCAUACUGGGGGUGAAAUGCUACAGAGCUCGAGCUGAACCUGAUGAGGUGAACAGAACGAAAGAACUGAUAGAAGAGGAACAUCGUACUGAGAGCUGAAUUCCAGGUCUUCAUGUUAGAUUUUUAAUCCUGUGUGCUUUUAGGACCCUGUUAGAGACCCCCAGUCUGACAGUUCAGCAGUAGAGGAUUUUAAAGAACAGCUUCAUCCACUGAAACAUCCAGCAGCUUCAUUUACUCUCUCUGUCAGUAA